CAGUAUAUAAAAGUCGACAUGCGUUUGAGCCAAGCAUCACACGCUCGACAGCUCGAUUGCAUCAUGUUCACCAAGCUUACCCUGGUAGUUGUGUCCGCCCUCGUUGGCGCCCAUGCCGAAGGACUUGCAGAAUACGAUUAUACCGUACCCGCAUACGGCGUUGCUUUAGCCCCCGCUUAUGCACCUGCCUACGGUUACACAGCAGGUAUCGCCGCCCCGACGGCAAAAGUUCACGCGCCAGUCGUUUCUUCACCGUACACGAUGGUAUCCAAAACAGUUCCCGUAGAACCGGUUAUUCACAGAAUUGCUGCUCCCGUCAUACGACAGUACGCCACCCCUGCCUACGGAGCGCCUCUUGCCACCCUCCGAUAUGAUCCCGGCGACAGAACUGCGGUCGCUGCUUCCCUGGCCGCAAAGGUCGUCGCCCCCGUUUACGGGACUCCUUUGGCUGAAAAGAUCCCUGCUCCUGUCUACGAGGCCCAUCUAGCUACCCCUCCUGUUGCUAAAGACGCUGUGCCCGUUUAUGGAGCUGCUAUUGCCGCUCCAGCAUAUGGCCUUGGAUAUGGUUACGGACCCGCUCUAGGCGCUCCCGUGACGAAGGCGGCAGCGCCUGUUUACGGGGUCGGUUAUGGGAAGUACAAGUAGGUUCAACUCGUUCUGGGCUGUUGUUCCAGCUAAGAAGUAAAAAUCUGGGAUACUUCAUAAUACAUCAUCAGUCUAAGUAAAUAAAUUCGACGUUAAUACCUAUUCGUAAGCGAAAUGUUGUGAUUUACCGACGAAAACGGCUUCGUCAGGGGUACUGCAACGUCUAUUUGAUACUCUGCUGAUAUGCAUUUGGUUUUCUAUAUUUUUUCCAUAUAUGCGUAACUAAUAUAUGAACAGCAGUAAUGGAUUUAUGACGACGCGUAUGCGGUUUGCUGAUAGCUACUGAUUACCUCACCAUUGGCGCUAGCAUCUACCAAUAAAAUCGAAUAUUUUUAUAUCCUUUUAGCCAAGGCCGAGAAUUGGUGUCCAAAUAUAAUAGAAGAAAAAUCUAGAUUGAUAUUAUA